UGCGGAAGCUGCGCUCUCGGUCCCGCCUGGUUUACUUGACUGUGGCAUGUCAGUGUGAGCCAGUCGUCCAGGGGAGCGCCAGCCAGCAGGUCUUGACUGUGGGUGCGGAAAUGAGAGGAAGUCAGAUGUGUUAGCCUGGUAGUCAGCCGGUGUACAGGCCGCUGUACAGCAGCAUCCAUCUGAGCGGGACUGCCCGACCGGCCCGGUGGCUGCCGUCGCUGCCUAACUGGCUAGCUAGCUAGCUGAGCUCAACCCCGACAACUUCACCAAUUUAAGGCGGUUCAAGGGACGAGCAGUGCGGGGAGAGCAGGGCCUCCCGGCUAGUACGACUCGGUUUCCAGCUGACCCGGAGAGCGCAACAACCCCGGUUUAUUUUCCGUGGCAACAUCCUGCUGAGAUGGACAACCUAAGUGAAGCCCUGGAGAAGCUGAAGCUAGCAUCUACAGACAGCGCCACUGACAGCGUGGAGAGCUGCCUGGACUGCCUGCUGAAAGCACUCGCCAAAAACAACACUGAGGCCAGCAUGAAGAUCCAGGAAAUGGGCGUUCUUCCCCUGCUCCCCACCCUGCUAAACCCCCAGUCUUCCUGCACCCCUAAAGUAGCCAACAUCAUAGCUGAGGUGGCUAAAAAUGAAUUCAUGCGGAGUCCCUGCGUCGAGGCCGGCCUCAUCCCUCCUCUAAUUCAGCUGUUAAACUCCACCGACCAGGAGGUUUUACUGCAGACUGGCCGAGCUCUUGGCAACAUCUGUUAUGACAGCCAUGAGGGCAGGAGUGCAGUUGACCUGGCAGGAGGGGCUCAGAUAGUAGCUGAACACAUUAAAUCCCUCUACCAAAAUACUGAGCCGGAAAAUGAGAAGCUCUUGACUGUCUUUUGUGGCAUGCUGAUGAACUAUAGCAAUGAUAAUGAUUCCUUACAAGCCCAGCUGAUAAAUAUGGGUGUGAUUCCCACUCUGGUGAAGCUGCUAGGUAUCCAUUCCCACAACACAGCCCUGACAGAAAUGUGUCUAAUUGCCUUUGGGAAUUUGGCUGAGCUUGAGUCCAGCAAAGAGCAGUUUGCCUCCACCAGUAUCGCUGAGGAGCUGGUGCGGCUUUUCCAGAAGCAGACAGAGCACGAGAAGAAGGAGAUGAUCUUUGAGGUUUUGGCUCCACUUGCAGAAAAUGAUGUGAUAAAGCUGCAGCUGGUGGAGGCGGGGUUGGUGGAGUGUCUCCUGGAGGUGGUGGCUCAGACUGUAGAUGGAGAGAGGGAGGAGGACAUCGCCCAGCUCAAGACUGCCUCUGACCUCAUGGUUCUCCUGCUGCUUGGAGAUGAGUCCAUGCAGAAGCUGUUUGAGGGAGGAAAGGGCAGCGUCUUUCAGAGGGUCUUGUCCUGGAUUCCAUCUCAUAACCAUCAGCUGCAGCUUGCUGGGGCUCUGGCCAUUGCUAAUUUUGCUCGCAAUGAUGGGAAUUGCAUCCACAUGGUGGACACUGGUAUAGUGCAGAAGCUUCUGGAGCUGCUGGACCGGCAUGUUGAGGAGGGCAACGUCACUGUUCAGCAUGCCGCACUGAGCGCCCUGCGGAACUUGGCCAUACCUGUGGUAAACAAAUCCAAGAUGCUGUCAGCUGGAGUAGCAGAUGUGGUGUUGAAGUUUUUGCAAUCGGAGAUGCCUCCAGUCCAGUUUAAACUCCUGGGAACGUUACGUAUGCUCAUCGAUACACAAGCUGAAGCUGCAGACCAGCUGGGAACCAACGGCAAACUGGUAGAGAGGCUAGUGGAGUGGUGUGAAGCCAAAGAUCACGCAGGAGUGAUGGGAGAGUCCAACAGGCUCCUGUCGGCCCUCAUCCGACACAGCAAGUCCAAGGAAGUCGUCAGAACGGUCAUCCAGGGAGGAGGCGUCAAGCACUUAGUUACCAUGGCAACUAGUGAGCAUAUGAUUAUGCAGAAUGAAGCACUGGUGGCUUUGGGUCUCAUAGCAGGGCUAGAUUUGGUUGCAGCUGAGAAAGAUUUUGUCGGCGCCAGCCUGGUGUCAGUGCUUCACAAGCUGCUGUCAGACGAGAGGAGUGCACCAGAGAUCAAGUACAACUCUAUGAUCCUCAUCUGUGCAGUCAUGGGCUCAGAGCCUCUCCACAAAGAAGUCCAGAGCCUGGCGUUCAUUGACGUGGUGUCCAAGCUGAGGGCUCACGAAAACAAAACGGUGUCACACCAGGCGUCGCUCACAGAGCAGCGAUUAACUGCCCAGAGCUAAAUGACUGUGUCCAACCCCACCCACACCCAUCCACCCAAAUGCCUGCCUGACCACCUGAUCACCCAGUGACACCUCAUGACUGCUCUCCCGUGCCCCAUCGUCAUGUGCCAAGGUACCAUGUCGCGUUAACUGCCAGCCAGACAUACGUCAUGUCUCUACCCCCGACCGUCUACCCCGCCCACAUCCAUCUGGGUUAGACUGAUGUUGAAUCGGAACACUUUGUGCUGAUACACAAAAUCUUAAAAUCUGAGCAUUUUCUAAUAGCAUUUUUACUUUGAAUUAAAAGAAUUUGCCCAGAAUCAAAUACUUCUGAAGCCUCUGAAACUGUUUUUUAAACUUCUGUGGGACACCAAAACUCUCCUCUGAAAGCCAUAUAAUGAGAUUAAUCUAGGUGGGUUAGCACGUCCUCAAGGCAGGGUGACGCAUGUUUCAUUUCAGGCUUUACAGACUGACACCCCUUAAAUGCUCAGCGGAGUGCUUUGCCUAAAGCAGGACGCACCAUUGAACCAACUAACUAUCUGUUUUUGUUUUUCCUUAAGCCGACACAUCAGUCUAACCCUGGUCCCCACCUCUACUUGUGCAUGCAUCUUCUGCUACAAGUAGCUCCGCGGGAGCUGAGGCGCCAUAAACAGCCUAACGCAAUAGAUAAGAGACGACACUCUUUUACGACCAUAGCUGUGAUACCAUCCGCCGGUAACCCACCAGUGAAAAAAAUGUGCACAAAAGAACAAAAAAAAAAAAGAACCCCUUCCUGUUGUGAUUUUUCUUUCAUUUUUAAAAAAAAAAAAGAAGCCAUACAUUAUUUGCCCCGUAGUGUCCCAUGUAGCUCGAGUAUAAAUUGACUAGAAACUGUGCAUGUUUUAGUCCUGUUGAAGGUGUGACCGUGUUCAUUUGACCCCUCUACCGCUUGCAUACUCCAAAGUACAGCCUUCCUCCACUGACACCUCCAGUCUUGUACACUCCCUUCUUUUGCACUUGAUUCUUUUAAGAUUUGGACCCAUUAGAUUUUAUCAGAUUUGUAAUUCAACAAGUCCAAACGACCUUGCCCCAACAGCUGUACAGUGUUAGUUAGAGGCACCACAAGUCUUCACCCAUCGCUGAGAGAGAAUCAUGUAAGAAUUAUGUGAAGCAGACAAAGUCGAGAGCAGGGCUAUAGUCAAGUCUACCUAUGUGAGUCCAGCUCAGCUCCAAGAUGAGCACGUAACAGGGAAUUGAUGUUCUAAAUGGAAAUAUAUUGCAAUGCUUAAUAAGUUCAACCUUAAACAGAUGUACAACCUGUGUUGGAGCUCUGUUAGACCUGAUCCAGGGCAAUCAAACUGCAUAUCAUGGAAGUUGGACAGUUAAGCCGCUGAACAGCUCCUUAAUAAAGAUUAUAGAAAGAUUGUUGUAAAUACAAACUUAGCAUAUGAUUGGCAGUCUUCUUGCCAACAUAUAAGGUGGCUAAAAACAAAGUCAGCUGGGUGCAAAGUAACAAAAAAAUAUGAUGAACAAGGACAAGACAGGCUCGUUGCUAAAUCUGUGUUACAUGGUUGGUAUUGAUUUCAAUUGCAGAGACUUGUCUUGGUCAUAGUAAUGUUUUUGUAAGGUCCCAAUCACAAUAAAUCUCAUUGCUUAAGACACAACAGCUUUAGAAAUGGAAAUCAAAUGCAGUUAAAGGAGUAAUGGUCGUCAAAAAAAAGGACAAGAAACAGAUGAGAGUGGCACGCACCAGGUGUGCGGUGCCGUAUGGAAACAGUGGUUUUAUUGGUGACAAGUUUCUAGCGACAUUUCUUGACCUGAUCAGCCACUUACUUUCACCCAGCUGGCAGUUUUUCCUCAUCUCAUAGGUUGCUAAGGUUGCAUAUUUCACAUCAGUCCAAUCAGUGUAUCACAGUUUGAUGAAUCACUGUUGAUUUUUUUUUUGUUGCACUGUGGACAAAAAUCAAGGAAAAUAUUAACGAGGUUAAUCCUUUUUAAUGUUUGCAAGGACAGGAGUAUCGUGGAGUAAAAAAUAGGCCAAGAACAAGAGAAGUUAAAAUCAAAGUAGUCGAUGAGACUAAUUUCAGUAAAGUAAGCUGAGGAACUAAAGCCGAAGAUCAAGAUUCACUCCGUGAUCAUAUAGUAACACGUUGGUGCCCUUGUAGGGUGCUGUUGCGCUCCGUUAGGAAGCCAGAAUGGCAUUUUACCGUCUGAAAUAAAGCAGCCAUCAUUCCUACGUGUGUGUACAGUUUGUAUGUGUGUGUUGUGAAUGUACUACCUGGGGAAGGCAGUGUGGAAGAAGGUCUAAAUUCUUGUGAGAAUGGGUAACUGAACGCAGACACAGUCGCGUGCUGUUUAAAACCCCCCAACCACCACCACCACCACCACCACCACAGCAGCACCACGCCCUGCAGAGACGGGGCUCUCUGUGCGAACGACAGCUGGUUCUUCUAGUCAAAGGAUUUCUGCUCACAUGCGCAUCUCAGCAUGUCCGACACUGUACCGACACUCUGUUAACAUGCCACGGUGUGUCUGCCGGUCUGGGCCCACGCUUUUUUUUAAAAAGGUAUGAAUGGUUAUUUAUCAGAUUUGUGCUCUUCUGAAGACACAUGCCAGUGGAGAUGUAUCCAUAGUAACUGCGUAAAAAUACUAUAAACUUUAAAUGUUUGUUGUAAAUGUCAUGAGUUGUACAUUUGGAGGAUUGUAACUCAGCAGAUAAUUAAAAGAUGAUAGCUGGUGAUGGCUGAUGUCUUUAUUCCAACAAGUAUCAGUGAAGUGUCCUCUCUUAUUACAUCAUCAAUAAAAAAGUAAAAUGGC